AUGGAAGAAGAUGGUCUCAAUUCCGACAAACUGACUACAUCUCGUCAAAUGCUCGUGAACAUGCAUCGAUUCCUGGAGAAGUUCAUGCGACCUCGUAAGGCAGAAGUCUGGGAGGCAAUAAUGGCAAGAUGCGGCAACAACGUGUUGAAGCCGGAAUUCGUCCGGAUAUCCUGGGUAAUGUUUUGGAACGCAAUCCGCAAGGUCGAUAUUCAGCAGGACUGGAAUGAGUGGAAUCCGUUCUGGUUGCCUGGUGUACCUUCGCCAUUUAAAAGCAACUCCACCGACAUGGACAUAGAAGUCCCGGACUUUGUCUGGAAUUCGACAGUCUACGUAAAUCAGACAGAAACCCACUUCCUACGAGACUGGCAUGCGCUAGUGGUGUUUAAUUUGUUCUUUUGUGAACACCCCCACUUUGGACACACCUAUUUAUGUCCGGAUAGCUGCUUCGGCAGGCGGAAACCGAAUCAGCCACGGAAAGAGAUAGGAAAUCCGUGCGCUGGGGUGAAGGACACUCGAACAUCUGCCUGCACCUCGAAACCCGAGGCUUGGUCCGGAGCCCUCGCGCGAAUGUGGUGGCAGCUGGAGAAUCCAACAGAAGCGCUGACUCGCGAUCUCACGAGGGGCAGUUUUUCGUGGAUCGUGGAGAAUCGUGGCUGCUACGCGUGCGACUGCGACGACGGCUACGGCUGGAAUGACGAGGAGUUAUUCUGUGACAAGGACUUAGGCAAGCAGAAGUACUGCGAUCCGGUCACGCUGAAGCCCUGCUUGCUACCGGGAGCCAAGUCCUGCAGGAUUAACGAUGUCACUGGAGAAGCGAUUUGCACCUGCCACCCGCAGUACACGGGAAACUUUUGCGAAAAACUGCGAGACCCCUGUUAUGAACCCGAAAUCAAUGUGACGCUGAGCGAUGGAAAACGGCUCCAGCUUGUGAGUGGACAGGACAUGUGCCAGAUCGACAUGGCAGGACACCCCUCCCUGCCCGAAUACAAGGAGGUCUCAGCGGAGAGCAACGCCACAGGAGUUCCGUCCAUAGACCUCAUUCCACUGCCUCGCCACUCCAAGUGUUUCGGCAAACCCGGCUCCGACGAGUACUUCUGCCGAUGCGAGGCACCGUUCGUGGAGGACGUCAGUCUAGACAGUCCCAACUGCCUCCUCCAAGUGGGCUCGUGUGACUCCAAGCUGUGCCUUCACGGCACCUGCGUGACCACCGCCAACCAACGCGGCAAAGCCCUUUGCAUGUGCUACCCGGGCUUUGAUGGACCCCACUGCGAUCACCGAGCAAGUGCAGUUUGUUUGAAUGAGCCCCGGCCAAGUUCAGUUUUGGCGCUAAAAGUUGAAGAGUGGACUGUUUGGUCAUCCUGCAAACCAGCCUGUGGACGACGUCGCAGGCGCACACGAACGCGCGUCGUUCUACCUCAGGAGGAGAAUCAUCCAAUGGACACCAUUCGACAGAUUGAGGUCUGUCCACCAAGACUGGGUAACGACUGUGCGGCGCCAGGCGUGCAACGCAAAACCUACACCGACGCCAACGCCGAAGAAGACCCCACUACCUUUGAGGACUACUUCAUUACAGCCAAUCCAGAAAUGCUGAAGCUCCAAGCGCUUGUCGCGGCCACGGCCGUCUUGAUCAUACUUUUCAUUCAGAUCCUUCGAUCAAUAACCUUUAUGCUUGUACUCUAA